UAAAAGCGGUCACUCUGGCGAUUUCUUCGUCAAUCACGUACUUCAAGAUGAGACGACUGAUUUUCGCAAUUUGCCUGGUCGCGUCGGUGUGUGCUUACCACGUCCGAAAACACGACUUCAAGGUGGUAGUGGACGAGCUUGAAAUCACCAGGAAUCCGACGAAGUACAAGCUAGAUGCCGACAAAAUCAAGACCCUGCAGAACCUGUUCGAGGCCGGCGAGUUUCAACCGAAAGUUCACCCCAACCCGCGGGGCACCGAAGCCAAUUUAAAUGACUAUGCGGACCAAAUUUUCGCCAACCUUCGGGCCAUGAUGGUCGAGACUGGUUUGGACCCUUUGGAGAUGCCCGACAUUCAUGAAGAGUUUAGCUAUACUUUGAUUAUUACGUACCAUGGUGAGCUGGAUUUGACCAACGGUUGGCUUUCCGACGUUUCCACCAUCCAUCGUGGCGGAGACGUUAUUGUUACCUACGAUACUGAUGUCAAAUUCCUGGAGGUCACUCUUCCUAUAGCUUUUAAUGAUCUUCAGUUCACUUAUGACUACAGCGCCAAAAUUAUGGGUUUGGGUCCUGCGGGAUACAUCGAUGGUAAAGUCACGGAUUUGGCUGUGGAAGUCAAGAUUGGUUUCGACCCUGUGGCUCUAGUUCUUUCUUUGGACGAAUUCAACAUUGUUCAUGCAGGAAAUAUUCAUGUGGAGUUCCAUGGAGACGCUCUGAUUGACUGGUUGUUGGAUUUGCUGGCGGACCUCGCCACCACGCUUCUGAAGAGUGUGAUUUUGGAUCUCCUGGAAGGUAUUGUUCGAGGUGGACUGGACGAUGCCAUCCAGUCUAUUAAUGAUUUAAUUGAUGGGUUCUUGAAUCCAACUACUCCGGCGCCUGAGACUACUCCAGUUGCGUAUUUCUUGAAAUAGGAUGUUUUUGAUAACAAUAAAAAGUGUUCUUAAAAA